UCAGGAGCGAGAGCGGGCGAGACGGGAGUGCGGGCACUGCUGCUGCGCGCCGGGCCCUGCGAGCCACCUGACGUCCGCGACCGCUGCGUCCGCCGAGGCGCAGAAAUGUCUUUCCUCCAGGACCCAAGUUUCUUUACCAUGGGGAUGUGGUCCAUUGGUGCGGGGGCCCUGGGAGCUGCUGCCUUGGCACUGCUCCUGGCCAACACAGACGUCUUUCUGUCCAAACCCCAGAAAGCAACGCUGGAGUAUCUGGAAGACAUAGAACUGAAAACACUGGAGGAGGAACCCAGGGCUUUCAAAGCAAAGGAGCUCUGGGAAAAGAAUGGUGCUGUGAUUAUGGCUGUGCGGAGACCAGGCUGUUUCCUGUGUCGAGAGGAGGCUGCAGACCUGUCCUCCCUGAAGCCCAAGUUGGACGAGCUGGGCAUCCCCCUCUAUGCAGUGGUGAAGGAGCAGGUCAAGACUGAAGUGAAGGACUUCCAGCUGUAUUUCAAAGGAGAAAUCUUCCUGGAUGAAAAGAAAAAGUUCUAUGGUCCCCAAAAGCGGAAGAUGAUGUUUAUGGGAUUUGUCCGUCUGGGUGUCUGGCACAACUUCUUCCGGGCCUGGAAUGGAGGCUUCUCUGGAAACCUAGAAGGCGAAGGCUUUAUCCUCGGAGGAAUCUUUGUGGUGGGAUCGGGAAAGCAGGGCAUUCUUCUUGAGCACCGAGAGAAGGAAUUUGGAGACAAAGUAAACCUGGCUUCUGUUUUGGAAGCUGCUAGGAAGAUCAAGCCACAGACCUUGGCCCCAGAGGAAAAAUGAUCUUGUUGAAACUGCCCAGCUCAGAGAUAACUGGGGUGCUCACUUGUGUUCAUAGUAACUCAUGUCCCUAAGGAGUUGGAAAACCAUUUGUACCUUAUUCUCAGUAUGGAUCAUUAAUGUAUCUUAAAAGUGUACUCUUUUUAGGCUCAAUGAGGCAAAAUAGCCCCCAAAAUAAGACUGACAAAAAUCUAAGAAACUAGAGAGAGUAAUUUCCACUAAAACCUGGAAAACAUGAGGCUUAAAGUUGACUACUGCACAUCAUUACAGACGUAUAUAGUGUUCAAGUGCUGCUACUUGAAACACUUUAUUUUGUCUUCACAUUUUAAGAAAAUUGAUAUUUGACUUGAAGACUAGAGAAUAUAAGGUUUUUGGCUUGUGUUUUCUAUUACUGACUUAUAUAAUGUAAAUCAUAUUCAUAUGACAGAAUUAAUGUGUUCCAGGAUGGUUUGAUAAAGGUAAACUGUAAAGUGGAAUCUGUUUUUACAUUGUCUUCCAUUCUAACCUUGGAGGUUAUCUCUCCAGAAGAAAUGAUCACCUCUGGCUGUAAUGGAAACCCUGGUGGCAUAGUGGUUAAGAGCUACAGCUGCUAACCAGAAGGUCAGCAGUUCAAAUCCACCAGGCACUCCUUGGAAACCGUAUGGAACAGUUCUGCUCUCUCCUAUAGGGUCAAAAGAAUCAUGCUUUUUAAAAAUCACCUGUAUAUACAAGUUUUUCUGAUAAAACUAAUAAUAAAAAUAUUUACAAUGAUGCUGGCUGAAUUUAAACA